AUGGCGGAACUCAAGGACACAUCGGGGGCGGCAGCUGAGAAAAUAACAUCCUUCGAACAUGAUGAGAAUAGGAGUGAUGAUGAGUCCCCAGAGAUGCCAUCUAUUGACAUCAACUACGAUAGCAAUGGAGUUAGAGGAAUUCUUAAUUCUCCCUACGUCUUUGGUGCAGCUCUGUUGGCAUCUUUUGGCGGGUUUUCUUUCGGCUACGACCAAGGCGUUAUUUCUCUGAUCCUGGUGAUGCCGCAGUUCGUCGAUCAGUUUCCACAGGUCGGCGAAAAUGCUCCAAACUAUGGUUUCAACAAAGGUUUUCUGACGGGCAUGCUGGAGCUGGGCGCCUUCGUUGGGUGUCUCCUCUUCCCUUACCUGGCUGAUCGAAUUUCUCGCAAAUGGGGCAUCAGUAUUGCCACUGCGUUCUUUACUAUCGGCGCUAUCAUCCAAACAUCCGCCCAGAACUAUGACUCUCUCGUUGCAGGUCGUUUCAUUGGAGGCAUUGGUGUCGGUACCUUGGCUUUGGGAGCUCCUCUUUACAUCUCUGAGAUUGCGCCUCCCAAUCUGCGAGGGUCUUUAAUGGUCCUCGAAUCAAUCAGCAUCGUUAUCGGUGCAAUUGUCGCAUACUGGAUUACAUAUGGGACAAGAGCAAUGAGCGGAGAUUGGGCUUACCGACUCCCUUUCCUCUUGCAAAUAAUUCCCGGCUUGGUAGUUGGGCUCGGCAUUCAUUUUUUCCCAUUUUCCCCUCGAUGGCUGGCCCUCAGAGACAGGAACCAAGAAAGUCUACAGGCACUUUCAAAGCUUCGCAGACUACCCACGACGGAUGAAACAGUUCAACUUGAGUGGCGAGGGAUUCUGACCGAAGAUCGAUUCCAGAAGCAAAUCCUCCGAAACCAACAUCCUAAUACUGGGCCGUUGAUGAUGGAGAUUAAACAGUGGCUUGAUCUCUUCCGGCCAAAAUACUUUAAACGCACAUGUGUGGCCAUCGCAAUUCCAUUCUUCCAACAGUUCUCUGGUAUUAACGCGUUUGUCUACUACGCUCCUACGUUCUUCACAGAGCUUGGCCAAGAUUAUAAUAUGUCACUUAUUCUAUCUGGAAUGGUAAACAUUUGCCAGCUUGUCGGUAACAUUCCCAUUCUGCUUUACAUGGACAAGAUCGGCAGACGAAGAAUUGGAAUUUACGGAGCCCUCGGUAUGGCUAUUCCCCAUUUGAUUAUGGCAGGUGUGGUUAGCAAGUUCAGCUCAAGUUGGGAAAGUCAUCCAGCUGUUGGGUGGUUCGGUGUCGCUCUAGUCUAUAUCUAUGUCCUUGCCUAUGCACUUUCAUAUGGCCCUCUUGCUUGGGUCUUGCCUGCUGAGGUAUUCCCUAGCUCUCGACGGGCUAAAGGAGUGGGUAUUGCGACAGCGACUAACUGGUUGGCCAAUUUCAUCAUCGGCACGGUCGUUCCCCAAAUGCUUGUAUCCAUUGGCUGGGGUACAUUCCUUUUCUUCGGAGUGUGGUGCUUGAUCGCGAGUGUAUUCUCGUUUUUCUUUGUGCGAGAAACCUCCAACAGAACUUUGGAACAAGUGGCAGCAGUUUUUGGAGAUAACUUGCAAGCUGAGGAGGAGGAUCUUCGUCGUCAAGUCCAGCGAGAGGUCUGGGCUGAGACCAGUGUGCAGCCACAAACCCCUUAA